AUUGUCUUUCAAAGCGUGUCUUUCGGUGGCCGACAUUCCGAUCAAGAGAUAAUGCGACUUGACAUCGGGCUCGUCUUAAUCGUCGCUUCACUAGCGUUAUUGGAAGUUCUACCAGUACUUGGGAAUCGGAUAAAUGAGCCCUUGAAAGGGUCUCGUUCCAUUGAAGAAGCGGUCAACGCAACCGCCAGCAAUCGUCGGGCAUUUCGAGAUGUCCUUUUGGAAAACACCACUCGGCGAGUGUUUGACAAUUUGAUGGACCAGGCUCGUCAGGGGAAAAUGGAGAUAUUUCCCGACCCCAUCGGUCUGGCGGAUAUCGUAAAUCUACACGAAUCGAGCUCGCUCUUCGAUAUCUCGCUCUCGGCCACUCGAAUCAAUGCCUAUGGAUUGCGUAACCUCCAAUUGACGUAUUUGCGAGUUAUUAGACACUUUGGUUUGAAAGAUAUCAAAGUUUUUGUUCGCGUUCAAACCAAUCUCGUCCUCCGUGGACGCUAUAACGUGACCGGGUCAGCCUUGUUCGUGAUACCCGUCGAUGGGGCGGGCAAUUUUACCAUUACUAUUGGUGGCCUUACAGCUUCCAGUGUUUUAUGUCUGACCGUGGGGAAGGACUCAACGCGUGAUGGGAAGGAAUUUACGGUUAAGGAUCUGGAGCUGAGUUUGAGCCACGAGUCGAUUUCUUUCGAUUUCGAAAACUUGAUGGGUGGAGGGGCGUGGGGGUCGGCGGCUAAUUCUGUUGUCAAUUCGAUGGGCGAGGUGAUCAUGGACAAUCAGAGAAAGGCUCUUACCUCCGUCCUCAAGCGCGAUUUCAGACAACUCAUUAACACUUUUCUCUGAUUUAUGAUUCUGUCAACGUUUUAGAAAGAUGUCCAUCCUACUUGGUGUAUUAUUAAAUGGUUUCAAUCAAAA